UUCACUCUGGAGGAGGAAAGCGAGUGUUUGGGUUGGUUAACGUUUCACCAAGGGACCUCCAACCCCCUGUAUUUACCAACAACAGGCGUCUAUUUCCCAACACUGUACCGUCCUAGCACACGGACUCUCUAGUGAGAAAUCCCCUCUACCUCGACUAAUAAAUGCCAAGAGAAACAACCCAAGCGCCCAGAGAUAAGGAUCGCUGCUCCGAAUUUGACAGAAAGACUACACAGUCGGACAAACAGAGGGAAAAACAACAAAAGCGCACGCAUCGUCGCCGUUGCCUUUCUCAAUGCAUACCCUUUGUGCCCGGGGAACGAUGAAACCAGAGAUUAACGCCGCCGUCGGAUUUCUGUCGAGAUUUCUGAGGGUAAAAGGACACGUAAACGAUCGACAGGUCCAAACGUUCAGCCAAAGCUUACAGGACAUUUUGGCAGAGCAAUAUAAGCACCACUGGUUUCCAGACAGGCCCUGCAAGGGCUCAGGUUACCGCUGCAUUCGCAUCAACCACAAGAUGGACCCCCUGGUGUGGCAGGCAGGCCAGCGCAUCGGUCUGACCAUCCAGCAACUCUACCUGCUGCUGCCCAGUGAGCUCACGCUCUGGGUGGACCCCUUCGAGGUUUCCUACCGCAUUGGCGAAGAUGGAUCCAUCUGCGUCCUGUAUGAGUCGCAGCCUGGCCCGGGAGGAAUGCCAGUGACAGCCACCACCAGCUCCCCCUCAGGAAACAGCGGGGCAGUGAACCCUAUGGUGGACAGUCACAUCAGCUGCAAGGAGGAACUGAUGGUGCUGGGAAGAACCAGUCCCUCCAAAGGCUACAAUAUGAUGACUGUGUCUAGUUAAAGCGGCACAUAGUCACCCAGGCCUACUAUUGUUCAGGGUCACGCCAUAGCUGGUCAUUUGGCUAGACCAGGGUGAGCCUUUUUAAAGCUAAGAAUAUGAAAUGAAAUAGUGAAAGAAGGAAAAAAAAAAAGAAAAAACAAAAACAAACAAACAAAAAAAGAAAACAGAGGAUGUGGCCUAUCGUCCAGGUGAUGGAAACCUUGUAGGUUUGCUAUUUUCUACCCUCUCUCCCCAUUAUCAUCUGUUCUGUUGUGUCAUUGGAUGAGCUGGGCACUCCAUUUUUUAGGAGAGGCUUUGUGGAAAUGGAACUGUUGGGGCAGCUAAACUAACAAACCAACCAACCAGGAACACCCAUGGAAACUGGCUCCGCCUACCCCUGCACUCUCAACUGUAAACGCCGGUGAUCGGCUCUGUGUCCGAGGGGGCUAUCAGCAUUGACUUUGCACUUAUUUGUGGUUACUAUGGGUACAUGUUCAACACACCACUGCAGAAACAGCAGUCCAAAUUACAUGGAUACUUUUUUUCUUCGUUAAGAACUACCCCCGAAUCAGAAAAUUCAAAACUUUUUUCCCCAGUUUGCUGUUUUUCAUUUAUUUUGUUUCCUGGGUGGGGAGGAAAUUGAGGUUCAGACUGUGCCCUAUGAAAUCCAAGCUCAAGGUAAAGAAACUCCCAAUGAGAGCAUCUCUAUUUUCUAUAAAAACCCUUUUUUGGACCACAGGGAAUAUAUUUUCUUUAUCUUUUAGCCAUUGGAUUAAAAAAAAAAAAAAAAAAGGGGCUUACGGUCUUAACUUCUCUUCCUCCCCCUUCUCCUCGCGACAGCAAGUUUAAAGAAACCAUUCAUCCCAACCUUCUCUCCGGCCUGUAUGUAAGUGCAAGUGGAAUGUGUUGUGACACCUGUUACCUAUGGAUACCAGCGUGUCCCGUUACACCAUCGCCCUCCUGUCACCCAUGUUUGUGUAGCUUUCUGAGGGAAGGAAAGUCGAUCCAUUUACUUUCCUCUUCCCUCUAGGUAAUGAAUGUUGUUGAAAUUCACAAUCAAGUCCCUGUGUUGUUUAAUUUAGCCCCCUUUCUCCUUCAACAUUUCUCCUGCAUUACCAAAACUCAAUGUGUAGCAUGGGGGUGGGGGGUCUUUUUAGCCAAAUUUUGGUCUUGUGGCCCAGUUAGAAUUAACAUUGAAUGCACUUUGACGUGAGAUUGUGUGGGAUGUGCACCUUUUGGAGAAAAUCGCUUGCAUUCCAUCCAUUCAAAUGUCAUCUGUUCUCACCAUUCUUACUGCCCUGCCCAUUUUUAGCCGUUUGAUGAUACUGUAGCUCCCAAUGUUGCCAUGGACUGAUGUCUGGUCAUGUGGGGAGUGUGCAACAAUGGAUUUCAAAACCUUUUAACACUGUAUUUGUGAACAUUUCAGAGCUGUUUUUUUUUUUUUUUUUUUUUAAUAUAAGUGGAGAGUAUUCUGGGUGGUAUGUUAAAAACAUUCUGUUAUCCAUUCAUAUGGCACUGUUGAUUCUGGCACGAUGCAAAGCUACCCCCACCCUCCCUCCCUGCACACCACCUCUGACAUGCACAGAUGGUGAUUUAUGUUGCUGAUUUAAAAAAAAAAAAAAAAAAAAAAAAAAAAAAAGAAUUGCCUGAAAGGUCUGACCUAAGUGAUGACUUUGUGACACUUUGGCCAAAGGGAGGUCUGGAGCAUCAAGUGUUCAGAGUUUAACUUUAACUUGAAUUGGGGAAAAAAAGUAAAAAAAAAAAAAAAUCAGGCCUUAUCAAACUUCUAUUUCCAUUAAUUGUUUCAAAGGUCUUGUAAAAGAGAGAUUUUUUUUUUUUUUUUUUUUUUUUUGGAGGGGGGAUUGGAGGUGCACUGCCUUAUGGAGACCUCAUUGUCAAGUAUUUUGAGCCAUUUGUGAUGUUAACUAAUGCCAGGCUUACGAGAGCCAACCUGGUGCAUUGUGCUGCCUGGACCCUCGCCGAGGGUGUCCCCUUUCCAGCCUGGCAGCUUCAACUGCCCCUACCCGUCCUGGUGUCAGGGUUAGAGUGCCUCAAGUACCACAUAUCACCCCCUUAAGCUCAGACCUCCUGUUUAGCCAAGAGCAGGCCAGCAUGCUGCUAGCUGACCCCCUGUGGAUGCAGGUAGACUUAAUGUGACACAUAUCAUCAUCCACCACCGUAGGGAGCUGGGUAAGGAAGGCAGGCAUGGGGAACUGGUGUGAGAGAGGCGGGGACCAGGGCCGGACUCUUUUGUCCAGGGCAGCUAAAAUCCCUCCAGCCCCCUCCCUCUCAGACAUGUUCAACAUCCCCCACCCUGACCAGAACCCUUCGACCCUCCCUCAGCAGUGAUGGAUAACCAGCACACGCGCUUGGCGUGCUCAAGCUGCACUUAAGGGGGUGGGCUAGUGGGAGACAAGGAAACAUGGAUCAAAGAUGAAGAAUUGAGGGUACUAAGGCCAUUGUUUUUUUGUUUUCAUCUCACUGGAUCGCGCUGCACUUAAUUACUGAGUUUGCGUAGCAACUUUGUUUACAUGCAUAUGAAAGGAUGUUGUGGCUGUCUGGUGUACCCCCACUCCACUCCCGGUUCUGGGGUUGAAUGGGUAACAGGAUGAUGGAACAGAUGCUAGAACGGCUACGGGUGUUGCUCAGGCCUUAGCCACUGGCCAAAUCUGUCACGGCAGGCUGGUUCGCCGCUCAUCACCAGACCUAUGGGUGUUUAAGCUCCCCUAAGCUUGAGAGGAUCAUGGGUAAUAUAGCUAUAGCCUUUGACGCACUGCAACCCCCCUAACCCCCCUGCACCCUGUUCUCUGCUGAUACUCCCUUCAGCAAUCUGUGAAAAGCAGUUAUUCCAUGUUGGGCAGAUGGAGGAGAGCUUGCUGGGCUGAGAGCCCAGCACUUUGGUUUCCAUGGUGGACACCAGUUUUAAAAUCAUGCUGCUCCAUUAAAGCUUUUUAAUGUCACGUGAGAUGUUUUGAGAUUGGUCUAUAUUUCAGACGAGAGAUGAUCAUCUCGUCUCACUGCUUUUGAUGUAUUUUAUGGUCACACUGCUAGAUUUUCCUCAUCUUUCCACUCAUAUCCAUUUUGCCCUCUUCAUCCUCUUUUUUUUUUUUUUUUUUUUUAAGAGGAUUUUUAGUCUGGUGAUCUAACCCAGUUUUUAACAGAAUUUAAUUCUUCUGGGGCUUCAAAAAAUUAAAACAGAAAAAAACCCAAAUUCCCCUUGGACACCUUUUCGACUUUGCUACUACCACCUGAAAUGGUUUAAAGUCCUCAGUUAAUGUUAACUAUUUAAAUGGCAUCCAUUCAGCUUGUGCGCACUUAGAUUACAAAAAUUGUUGUGAGAGUGCUUUGAGUAGUCAGAGGUAAAAUAGCACAUAAAUGCACUAAAUGUUGAAGUUGUGCGACAUUUUUUUGAGACGCGAGGAGUCUCUCCUGGAAUGUAUUGCCAAACUCAGGCCUCAGACAUUCAAUAAAUAACUCUUAUGGAAACGUUGUGCAUGUUAAGAUAUGAAACAGGAAGGGAACAGCAGUUUCGUUGUUGUUGUUGUCAAUACUGUCAUCGAUUAGUUGAAUUAUUGCCACUUUCACAUUUGAGGUGUUUUACAUAUUGUAGAAUGUAUUGUAACUGUACAACAAAUGGUAGAGUACAUAACAUUACACAUGGGAAGUGCCAAUAAUUUCUAUGCUGAGGUGUUUUGUUUCCUUUUUGUUUUUCAGAGGUAUUCCUUUUUUGUAUUUCAUCUUUUAACAUGGAUAAUGCUUUUUCGUAAGUGAAGCCAUUUGUGAUGGGAGUGUUGGCAAGGACCAAAGUUGUUCUGGUAAAAUUAUUAGUUUCCAUGAUCUGUGACUGUUGACGUAUCCUUUGGUGUUUUUUUUUUUUUUUUUUCUUUGUUUUGUUUUUUUCUUUUUUUUGUUCAUUCUUUUCUGUUUUUUUUUUCCCCCCCCUUUUUUUUUUUCUAUUUACGUAUAAAACAAGAAAAUAAACAAAAAAAUCUGAGCUUACCCAAGAAGAAAAGCUGUAUCUUGUGAUUUCAUGUCAGUACAUCUUUAUCGUGUUCAGUUUAUUUUUCCUUGGGUAUGUUGUGAUGAACUGCUGUAAAUUUGUACAGUUCAUGUAAAUUGAUUGUGCGGAAGUUGUACAGAUUUCUAUAUUUUGGAAGAAAA